AUGAAUAUUAUUUUCUUUGUUUUUGCUUUUCUCUCAUCAUAUACCUUCCAUGCUGUUUCUUCUGCCACUGAUUUCUGUGUAGCAGAUUUAUCACUUACAAAAAACCCAUCAGGGUAUUAUCCAUGCAAGGCAGAAACAAAUGUAACAGUGAAUGACUUUGUCUUCUCUGGCUUGGUAGAGGGAAAGCCAGAAGCACCUUUUAACGCUGGAUUAACCGCCGCAACUGUUGAAAAUUUACCAGGUCUUAAUGGACUUGAUAUUGCUGCAGCAAGAGUAGACAUUGGUGUAAAUGGAACUGUACCAAUACAUAGUCAUCCAGAUGCAAGUGAAUUACUUAUAAUAUUUGAAGGUGAAGUUACUGUUGGAUUUAUUACACCAACAAAAGCUUAUGUGAAAACUGUUAAACCUGGUGAUGUUAUAGUUAUUCCAAAAGGACUAUUGCAUUUUGUGAUUAACUCUGGUUCUGAAAAAGCUGUUACUUUUGGAGCUUUAAGUAGCUCAAGUCCUGCUGUGCAUGUAUAUGAUUUUCUUUUAUUUGGGAACGAUCUAUCAACUUCUAUACUUGCAAAGACUACUCUACUUGAUGAGGCACAAAUUCUCAAGCUUAAGGCUAAGUUUGGCGGCAAGGUUGUUUUUGCUUUUCUCUCAUCAUAUACCUUCCAUGCUGUUUCUUCUGCCACUGAUUUUUGUGUAGCAGAUUUAUCACUUCCAAAAAACCCAUCAGGCUAUUAUCCAUCCAAGGCAGAAACAAAUGUAACAGUGAAUGACUUUGUCUUCUCUGGCUUGGUAGAGGGAAAGCUAGAAGCACCUUUUAACGCUGGAUUAACCGCCGCAACUAUUGAAAAUUUACCAGGUCUUAAUGGACUUGAUAUUGCUGCAGCAAGAGUAGACAUUGGUGUAAAUGGAACUGUACCAAUACAUAGUCAUCCAGAUGCAAGUGAAUUACUUAUAAUAUUUGAAGGUGAAGUUACUGUUGGAUUUAUUACACCAACAAAAGCUUAUGUGAAAACUGUUAAACCUGGUGAUGUUAUAGUUAUUCCAAAAGGACUAUUGCAUUUUGUGAUUAACUCUGGUUCUGGAAAAGCUGUUACUUUUGGAGCUUUAAGUAGCUCAAGUCCUGCUGUGCAUGUAUAUGAUUUUCUUUUAUUUGGGAACGAUCUAUCAACUUCUAUACUUGCAAAGACUACUCUACUUGAUGAGGCACAAAUUCUCAAGCUUAAGGCUAAGUUUGGCGGCAAGGUCUAG